AGACGUGCUCCACUGGUAUCACUAUACCUUGCACCCCGAUUUCAUCCUUGUGGUAAAAAGACAAUAUUGGACUUUCUCAGCCUGGGCAACAACAAUUGUGCUUAAGUAAGUACGUGAUAUUUAUUGACCCUAGUUCACAAACUUAUACUUAGUAAGGUACACUUGUUUUCCGAUUGCGUAGUUUUACCUGCGUGUUUGUUCGUCACAAACAAUGUCUCAUUGUAGCAUGAGGUCUUCCACUUUCCGAGGUUCUCGCUUGGGACUCGGACUUGUAACUGCCCUUUCUGCAAUCACAUUGCCGCACCGAACAGUGGACGCCAGGCGAAUGUUAAGACGCGAAGAGGAAGAUCGCGAACAAGCAACAAGUGUUUAUGGGUUUGUGAAGUAAAGCAGACUGUGUAUUAGAUCCGGUCACUACCCUUCGUCGUACUCGCAUGCGAAUACUACCCUUGGUGGUCCAUCGACGUCGUACUCGCAUGCGAAUGCCGAGAUAUUUAUUGCUGGUAGUCUGCAAGUGCAGUAGUAGCUGUAGCUCCAAUUGUACAUCUAUUUUUUCGUAUUCACAAAAGUCUCCUCCUAAAACGAAACCGAAAACAACGGCAAAGGCCACGUGCCCUCCGCUGGUACAAAGGCAGACGCGAAAGGGCAAGCCAAAGACAGCACUACAACCCCACAAGAACAAGCAGGUCAGGUGGAAGACCUGACGCCUCCGGGGGAUGGAAGUACAAUACCGCCUCAAGAAGCGGCUGAACACCUGCAAGAUGCCGUCAAUUCUGCGGAAGAAGAUUCCGCGCGAGUGGAAGACCAAUUGAGCAUCGAGGCUCGGAAAGACCAACAGGUAAGGAGCAUACCUUUCUUAAGUUCUCACCCACGCGACCCGGGUUCGAGUCCCGGCACCGGAGUUUUUUGCUGCGCGCACAGCGUGUCACUCAGAGGCAAAACUGCAACAAAUGUUCAAAAGUUCCGACGCCGGGACUCGAAUGCGGAACUUCGGGAGACCACCGCAAUUGUUCCCUGUUCUAAGGACUUGUAAAACUACAACAUCUUAUUCUUACAUCAGGUUCCUUCAGUGUUGUGAUGUAUGAUGCUGAAGAUUUCAGAAGAAGGGUUCUUUCCAACUAAUCCAUUCUCAUAAAUCUUAAUUUUCCCAACAACACAGGUGGACGAGAGCGGAUCCGGGCAUAGUGCGGAAGAAGCAUCAGGAGAGGGAGAAGAGCGCAUCAGCCCUUCUGGUGAGCUGAUUACACCAGCGACGCUCACAGAUGAAGCAUUGCAUCCUGACAAGUACCUACCGCAACCUGGUAUCCUGGCUGACAAGGCCCUCAAGGACGCUCAGAAAGUGGAGACAGCAGUCAAAGAUUAUGCAUGCGCAAAUGAAAUAGAUGAGAUUAAUCGUUUUUUGGCGAGGCCGAAGUAUUUCUUGUUCGUCAGAAAAACGUCGUCGCGAUUUUUCGUAUGCUGAUGCAAGAAAAUGGAAAUAAACUACUUAUUUCGAGGCUCUAACGAGGAGUUGCAGAUAGCGUACACGCAAACAAAGGGCAUUUCGACGCGGCUAUACAUCGUGCUAAUGCGCUAGACAUGGGUGGAGCGGGAAGUGUCUUAGCUGGGCACGCGGAGCAUGUGCAAUCGGCGGAUCAACCAGCCAGUACUACAGAGUCCGAGAGCAGUAUUACUACCAGACCUGAAGGAGAGGACAGCAAUGUACAAUCUGGUAGCGCAGGAGAGUAGACUCAGGGUUAGAAUGUACCAGGAGUUCCUUCCACUUUCCUCUUUGAUUCUGGUUAUCCAAUUCAUGACAACAUCUCCAGCAUUAUCUUCAGUCACGUCAGCGAGGGAGAAGAAGAUGCGAUCCUUCUCGACUCUUUUCCUUCGCUUUCCUGAUUCCCCGCACCCCAGAACGACUGAAACUGUCUAAGCCUACGAUGGCGUGAGGC